UUCCACUUUCAUUAUUCUUCUUUUUCGCACCCUCUAAUCUCCAUUAUUAAGCUUUUUUUGUUCUUCAUUCUUUUUCACUCUCAUUAUAUGUCUCUUCCAAUCUUUCCUUAAUUUCCUCCAAAGAUAGCUCCUAGCUUGUAAUGCCACCAUCUCCAAUUUGUUAAGACCACCACCACCUUCAGUUCCACUUUCCUCCUUUCAUGCAUUAGUGGGGUAUUAGUGGCAGCAAAGGGAGCAACUUUCCUUGACCCAUAGGCGCCACCACCCUUCUUCUACUCCCAAAACGACAGCUUCCUGAUCCCCUGUUCUCAGUCUGACACGUGACGCUUUUAAUUCUCUGCACCUUGCAACCACUUCUUCCAUUAACACCUCUCUCUCUCUCUCUCUCUCUUCAUUAACUGUCACUUAUUGUGUACCUCACUCCCCUUUUCUUUUUUUAACUAACAAACGAUCAUUUUUGUAGUUUUAAACACUUGUCCAUCUCUUAAUUCAGUCUCAUUUUUCUUAAAAAUCCAAUCUUUCUCUGUAAACCCAUUUUUUAAUCUGAAAAAUGCAGUCUUUUCUCCCUUCACCCACCACUUAAAUCAAUGUCUUUUUCCUAAAAAUGCAGUCUUUUUGUUCUAAUGGCCACCUCUUAACUCAAUGUCUUUUUUGUUAAAAAUGCAGUCUUUUUCUUAUCUCUAUAUACCCACCUUCCAAUUUCAGAUCUUUUGCCACAUUCUUUAGCCCUUUUCUCCUUUUUAGUAAUUUUUUCAUCUAUAUAUUAAUCCCUCAUUAAUUCAAUUUCACCUCCUCAAUGCACGGUUGCAGCCGUUUAGGCAACGGCCGGUCUGUAACUGCCACCACAACGCCUUCUCCUCCUUCUUCGCCCCGGCUGCGCCAUGGCCGAAGUAAGAACAGCUUUAAUGGCGGCAGCCUUGGCGGAGGUGGAGGUGGAGGUAGUAGUAGAGUGUCUAAACAGAAUGUAGUGGAGAAACUAAUGUUUGUUCUUGUAUCUGUUGUUUUAAAGAGGAGAGGCGUGCUUUUAUUUGCUCCAUUGUUGUAUAUUUCAGGGAUGUUAUUGUAUAUGGGAUCUUUGAAUUUUGAUGUUGAUUUAAAUUUAAAGAAUGGCGGAGUUGUUGUACGGAAACGUCCACCGGUUGGGUCUGUGUACCGGAGUCCUCAGGUGUUUAAGAAGCUCUGGCCUUAUAUGGAGGCUGAGAGUAAUGGAAGCUACAAUGCGUUGGCAAAAGCAUGGGAUGUAAAACUGCUUGAAGGUUGGAAGCCUUGUGGCAGCAACACUAUUUCUGAAGCAGAAUUGCCUAAAUCUAAUGGUUACCUUAUAAUUGAAGCAAACGGUGGAUUGAAUCAACAGCGUUUAUCGAUAUGUGAUGCAGUUGCUGUAGCAGGACUUCUGAAUGCUACUCUUGUCAUCCCAAUUUUUCAUUUAAACAGCAUUUGGCAAGAUAAAAGCAAAUUUGGAGACAUAUUUGAUGAAGAUUUUUUCAUACAUGCCCUUAAGCAUGAUGUGGAGGUAGUUCGAGAACUCCCAAAAGACAUACUUGAGCAGUUUGACAAUAAUAUCAGUAGUAUUGUAAAUCUGAGGGUAAAAGCUUGGUCCAGUCCAACCUAUUAUCUUCAAAAGGUGCUUCCAAAGCUGAUUCAGAUGCGGGCAGUGCGCAUUGCCCCUUUUUCCAACAGACUGGCUCAUGCAGUUCCUCCAGAUAUCCAGAGGCUUAGAUGCUUAGCCAAUUUCGAAGCAUUGAGGUUUGCAGAACCUAUACGAACACUUGCAGAGAAAAUGGUUGAUCGGAUGGUUAAAAACAGCUCACAAAGUGGGGAGAAAUAUGUUUCAGUGCAUCUUCGAUUUGAAAUGGAUAUGGUUGCAUUCUCAUGCUGUGAGUAUGAUGGUGGGGAGGAAGAGAAACAUGAAAUGGAUAUUGCUCGAGAAAAAGGUUGGAGAGGAAAAUUUAGGAGAAGAGGUAGAGUUAUAAGGCCUGGUGCAAAUCGUGUGGAUGGAAAAUGCCCUUUAACUCCACUUGAGGUGGGAAUGAUGCUUAGGGGCAUGGGUUUUGAUAAUACCACCUCAGUAUAUGUUGCAGCGGGUAAUAUUUAUAAGGCAGAAAAGUUUAUGGCACCACUUAAACAGAUUUUUCCACGUUUAGAAACAAAAGAUACACUAGCUACUGCCGAAGAACUUGCUCCAUUUAAGGGACACUCGUCCAGAUUGGCUGCACUUGAUUACACAGUUUGUCUGAACAGUGAAGUAUUUGUCACAACUCAAGGUGGAAAUUUUCCUCACUUCUUGAUGGGUCACAGGCGUUAUUUGUAUGGAGGACAUGCAAAAACACUCAAGCCUGACAAGAGAAAGUUGGCUGUUUUAUUUGAUAAGCCCAGUAUCAGAUGGGAGGUCUUCAAGCGGCAGAUGCAAGAUAUGCUUCGUCACAGUGAUCUCAAAGGGUCUGAAUUGAGAAAGCCCAGCGGAUCACUGUACACGUUUCCAAUGCCGGACUGCAUGUGUAAACCACCUGAAACAAGACACGAAGCGAAUAACACAGCAAAACAUAAUUUAAAGCUUUAACCGGAUGAUAGUUUCUUCUGGCAUCACAUAACCGCUAUACGGGUAAUUCUUUUGUGUAUCAAUCAUUAAACUUAACUAGCAGAAAAAGCACAUCAUUAGAUUUGAUUCUUUCAUUAGGGAUUGGAGGGGAGAGCUUUACAUGUUCAUUCUUUGAGGUUUAUUGACUCAGCUGUAAAUGAUGCUCUAUCAUAAAUGUACAAGAAAAAACUUCUGCGUUA